CUUAAUCCAAGACCACUAACAAAAAGGUGGAAAACUUGAGUAUCAGGGCGGCCUGAGGCUGCGACGGCUACCGCUCAGGCGACGACGAGAGACUAGGGUUUGCUACAGUUUGAUCUCUAUCGUCAUCCUUUCAAUCAAACUUUGCGAUUUUGCUACAGAAUCAUCUACACGCCAAUAGAAUGGGACUUCUGAGCAUCAUUCGAAAGAUCAAGCGGAAAGAAAAAGAAAUGCGCAUUCUUAUGGUGGGCCUUGACAACUCAGGCAAGACUACCAUUGUUUUGAAAAUCAAUGGCGAAGACACCAGCGUCAUCAGUCCCACACUUGGAUUCAACAUCAAAACCAUCUCGUAUCAGAAGUAUACACUAAAUAUAUGGGAUGUUGGGGGGCAAAAAACCAUAAGGUCUUAUUGGAGGAACUACUUUGAACAAACUGAUGGCUUGGUGUGGGUGGUGGACAGUUCCGAUAUUAGAAGGUUAAAUGACUGCAGAUAUGAAUUGCACAAUCUUUUGAAAGAAGAGAGGCUAUCAGGAGCAUCAUUAUUGAUUUUUGCAAAUAAACAGGACAUACAAGGUGCUCUUUCUCCAGACGAAAUAGCUAAAGUGCUUGAUUUGGACGCUAUGGAUAAAAGCCGGCACUGGAGAAUCGUGGGGUGUAGUGCGUUUACGGGAGAAGGGCUUCUCGAAGGAUUUGAUUGGCUGGUACAGGAUGUCGCCUCUCGGAUCUUUAUGCUUGAUUGAGUGUCUGUGUGUGUCUAUUUUCGUCUUGGUGUACAAAUGAGGCACAUCAUUUGGUGUACUCUAGCAUUGCCCUUGUUUAUUUGGUCUGUCAAAAACACGUACCACAGUCACAUUUUAUAGAUUUCUCCUUGUCGACUCCCGGGAGUUAAUAUUUGACUUUGCCCCUACUCGAAAGUAGAGAGGCUGUUUCCAAAGAGACCCCCGGCUCAACGUCGAAAGUUGCAUUGCUUGACUAACUGCUACUUCAUUAAUUAAAGAAGCGCAGACAGUUUAGAGAUCCAUUUUGAUUUAUUCUAUCACACCCCAAAGCCAAAAAAUGGUGAAAUUUUGG